AUGAGCUUGCCUGAGUACAUUGUCUGGUCCUCGCCUUCUCCUACAUAUCCAUUUGGGCUUCAUCUAUGGCCAAUUUUCAACCAUUUCUUUGAAAAAGUGGUGGGAUAUCCUGCAGACGAGUUCGAGUUCAUCCCCUACGUGACAACCCUGGCGAACUUCCCACAUGCAAUCUCCAUUAUCUUGGCCUAUUAUUUCAUUAUCUUUACUGGACAAUUCUUUAUGUCCAAAUUAAACCUGAAACCAAUCAAACUAAACUUUUUGUUUCAGCUGCAUAACCUCUUUUUAACUUUGGCUUCAUUCAUUCUAUUGGUUCUAAUGGUGGAACAGAUCUUCCCUAUCUGGUACUAUAACGGAAUCUUACAUGCAGUUUGCUCCUCAGAGGCAUUCACUAAAAGACUGGUUUGUUUGUAUUACUUGAAUUAUUUGACAAAAUUCUGGGAAUUGGUCGAUACUGUCUUCUUGGUCUUAAGAAGAAAGAAACUCCUCUUUCUACACGUCUACCAUCAUGGCGCUACGGCUUUGUUAUGUUACACCCAAAUUGUCGGUCAUACCUCCGUCGAAUGGGUCGUCAUCUCCUUGAACUUGGCUGUUCACGUCCUCAUGUACUUCUACUACUUCCUCUCCUCUUGUGGCAUUAGGGUCUGGUGGAAGCAAUGGGUCACAACUUUCCAAAUCGUCCAGUUCCUAAUCGACAUUGUCUUCAUUUAUUCAUGCACUUACACCUACUAUGCCUAUGUCUACUUUGACGGUAUCCUCCCUCACUUUGGUGACUGCUACGGUACCCAACAGGCAGCAUUCUACGGCUAUGUCAUUAUUACCUCCUAUUUGUUCCUCUUUAUCUCCUUCUACAUUUCAGUUUACUUGAAGAAGGAUAACAAAAAAGUCAAAAAUGACAACACUGCUACAGGAACCAACUCCAAUGCAUCUGCGAAAACUACCGCAUUGAAGUCAAACUCCGCUAGAUCCAGAAAGGCCUAA